UAUAUAGAGGGAGUAAAUAUAGAGGCAGACAGACACAUCGAGAGUCUUAACGAGUCCAGCAUGUGAGCUUAUGUAAAGGCAGAGGAAGUGAAUGUCUACUGAGGUAGCUCUCAGAGCAGACGGACAUUUAUAGAGACAGACUGACAGCUCUGGACUGGACGCAGCGGGCUGUUUGAGGAACUCUCGGCUCGGUGUAAAGCGGACGGGGCUCGGCUGUCUGCCCGGGCCAUGAGGAGGGAGUAUGGGGGAAGAGAGAAGAGUUUCUCCGCUGAAGAACUUCGUGGCUGGAGGAGUCGCCGGAGCGUGUUUGCUGCUGGCCGGACACCCGCUGGACACCAUUAAGGUGAGACUCCAGACGCAGCCCAAAGCCUCCUGCGCUCAGUAUGUGCUCUACACCGGAACCUACGACUGCUUCCGCAAGACCGUAUCUAAAGAGGGUAUCCUGGGUCUCUAUAAAGGGAUGGGGGCUCCUCUGGCCGGCGUGGCUCCGAUGAUGGCCAUCAGUUUCUUCGGGUUCGGACUGGGAAAGCAGCUCCAGCAGACGGACCCCAACAAGCCUCUUACACACACUCAGAUAUUCCUGUCUGGCUGCCUGGCUGGAGUCUUCACUACGGUCAUUGUGGCUCCAGGAGAGAGAAUCAAAUGUUUACUGCAGGUGCAGGCGAGCAGUGGUAAAUCCAGGUACGCCGGUCCUCUGGACUGUGCGGUACGGCUCUAUAAGGAGCAGGGGAUCCGCAGUGUCUACAAAGGGACUGUACUGACUCUGAUCAGAGAUGUGCCUUCAAACGGUCUUUACUUCCUGACUUAUGAAUACCUCAAAAACUUCCUCACUCCUGAGGGUCAAAGUGUUUCUCAGCUCAGCACUCCAAACAUCCUCCUGGCCGGUGGCAUCGCGGGGAUAUUAAACUGGACGAUAGCUCUUCCUCCAGACGUCCUCAAAUCAAACUUCCAGACGGCUGCGGAUGGGAAGUACAGAGGUCUACUCGAUGUACUGAGAACGUUGCUCAGAGAAGAAGGACCUAAAGCUCUUUAUAAAGGAUUCAACGCUGUCUUUCUACGAGCCUUCCCUGCCAAUGCGGCCUGUUUUUUAGGGUUUGAGGUGGCGUUAAAGGGACUGAACAUCAUAGCACCAAGCUGGUGAAUUUAGUUCUAACGGAGUCAUCUGUUUGUCGGCGACAUUAACUGUGUUACGUUGCUUUUUCUUAUGUUGAAAUGUAAUGAAUUAUUGUUUUCUUCAGUGUAAUUUCACAUUAUAUUUUGUAAAUGAUCCUCCAGUGUAAUGCUCACUUUUUUGUGAGUAAUCACAAACGCACACUUAUGAAUGUACGUCAUUCAGUGAAAAUGUGAGUAUAUAUUUUUGGUUGUGAGCUUUGUGUUUACAAACUGUUUGAAAUGUUUGUAAAAUGUAAAUUUAUGACUAUUCAUUUAUGAAUGGGUUUAAAUGUAAAGGUCUCAAGCUCUGCCAAAAGUCAGAAUAAUUUAUUAAGAAUGAUGGUUGAUUCUUCUUAAGGCAUGGUGCGACUUUUGUAAGAUUUGUGAUGGUUGAAUAAAGAGUUUUGAUUUC